AUGAGGAAUUAUAAAUCGUAUACGAGGGAAAUUAGCGGUGCCCGUCAUCGUUUAGCUCAUUUUGAUGGAAAAGACUCUCUUACCGAAUCCGAUAUAAAAAAAAUGAUGACAGAUGAUGAAAUUAAACUAAAUCAGAGUAAUAGCACGAAUACAACAAAAAAAUCUUCAGGAAAAGCUUCAUACAUUUCCGUUACUCCUGUUACCACGUCGAUAACAACAAAUGAUCAUUCUUCUAAACAAGAACAACGUCUAACUAGAAGUGGAAGGAAAGUAGCAGAUUAUAAUGAACAAACUUCUGAUUCAUCCGAAUAUUCUUUAGAUAUUAACGAUAACGGAAAUAAAAAGGGAUUUACUAUCGUGACUUCAAAAUCGAUUAAUCGAAAGAAUGUUGAAGCAUCUUAUGAAGAUUUCGUCAAUACCUUAAACUUUGAUAAUUCUCCUGGUAAAGAUGAACAAGAGAGUCUACAAAAACGUCUUGGAUUUCCCAUUUUUACAAAGAAAUUUCUCAAUUAUGAUCAAAGUAAUUAUCAAAAAUUCGUCAACUCUUUCAAAAUCCAAAAUAUUUAUUUAUUUAUUUAUUCCUAG